UCUGUAAAUUUUUCUCAAUCCAUGUUCCGCUCGCAAGUUGCAAACAAGCAGAUCAAAAAUCGCUCAAAUUCGCGAAAAUUGUGAAGUUCUAGGAGCAUAAUUAAUUGUUCAUGCAGCAAAUAAUCUAAUAAAUUAUAUAUACGUACGUGAAAUACUAAGCAAUUCAACCGGUGUGUUUAUAGCAGACGGGUUGAUCAACUAAAAGGAUAACCUUAUAAAUUAAAAGCCGUUGACAGUCGGGGGAUGACGAUGACCGAAGAAAUGGAUAUUGAGAUGGAAGAAGACUUUGUCGCAGCUACAUCAUCAGGGCCGCCCCCCGUCGUACCAGCGGAGGAAGAACAAGACGAGAACGUUGGCGCUUUGGAGGAUGGUGCUCGGCGACGGAAGGAACGGCUUAGAGCCCUCAAACAGAAGUUAAUGGGAGGUGGUGGAGACAAAGAGGAGAAAAAGGGAGACUCGACAACAGUCCUGCCAAAACCAAUAUUCAGAAGUUAUAACCCUGCCUUUGACAAAUUUCAAGAAAUUGCAGUCCCCAAAGCUAAAGUUGUUGAUAUCGAAGAACAAAUUGCGGACACCUUGCAACAUGCCGUCGUCAAACCAGUAGUGGAUGAUGUGGACUUGACGAGCCUGGCGCCUAGAAAACCGGACUGGGACCUCAAGCGAGACGUUGCUCCUAAAUUGACAAAAUUAGAGAGAAGAACACAAAAAGCAAUUGCCGAACUCAUUUUGGACAGAUUAAAGACUAAUCAGGACAAUUUAGCUGCAGCCGUCGAAUUUAGUGGAAAGCCGAGGGACGAGGAUGAUGAUUAGCGAGUUGUUAAUUUUUUAAAGUUCUUAAUACUAUAAAUUAUAGUUUAGAGUUUAUUCUUUCAGACUUUAGAAUACAUAGAUUACAAAUUUUUACAUUCUCUUAUUGAUUGAGACCAAGAUUCAAUUUAACGGCAAAGUGACAAACGUUAAAGUGUAAAUUGUAUUAAUGUGAUGUAAUUAUCAUGUAUCACUUGUUAUUUGGAAUUAAAGAUUUGGUAUUUUUAUAAAGUA